AUGUCUGGAUCAUUAGAUUACUGCCUGGAUCAGAUAUCAAAAUCCGCGGAGUCAAUAUCGACCUUAUAUUUCAAACCGCCAGGCAUCUUUAGAAAUGCGAUUGUACCAGGCAACAGCAAAGUGUACUCAGAUCUUAUAGUAAAGCUUAUAAGAGAUGGCGAUUCAAUUGAAGAAAUGUCAUUAUACAGUACAGAUAACGAUGGAAAUAUGAAGCGUAAGGAUGGGAAAGUAGGGAUAUACGAUCAUCUCUUGGAGAGGGAAGCAACUUUGAAACGGAACAGAGCACUAUGUUUACCAGAUCCAAGACCUAUUACCUACAUACCGAAGGGGUUUUAUCUCAGUCAAAACGAUCAUGUCAUCCGAAAGAAACAGAAACCUGCAAGAGAUUUUAUCUUCGAAGGAAGUAACAGCGAUGAGCUGGGAAUCUACGACGUGCUAUUGAAAAAAUUCAGCAAGGACGAACAAAUCAAGCAAUUUCUUCAUGCAUUGCGGAAUGGAAGUGUGAUAACUGGCGAGGAUGUAUCAAGAAGGAAAACUCUUUUCGUAGAAGAUUUCCCAAUCUCGAUUAUAUUAUCUGUGUUCCGGGAAAUUAUAGAUCAAUGGCCUCUCACUGAAUACAAGGAGAAAUUUGAAAAACUAAUGCAAAUAUACAAUGGAUUACAAGCUGAUAUUAAUGAACUUCAGAAGAAAGUAGAGAUCCAGGAGUUAGACUUCCAACACGAAGCGUUACCGGAAAAAACGUCAAUAUCAUCUCUCAUCGAUAAAGAGGAGAAAGAAAUACAGAAGCUCGAGAAACAGUUGGACCUUUUGGAAGGGAGAAAUAAGUGA